AUGUGCAACCAGUUCCUCCCCACCCACGCUCCGGCUUUGAGUGCAAGCCGUAAAACACAGUUGUGCAACAGCAUUCGCUUCACGCCACUCCUGACAGUCCGAGGUACACACACAGAGACUGCUCCAUUAAUUAAAAAAACAAACAAACACAAAAACCACUUGAAUUUCCUUAGGCAUUCCUCAUUAUUAGUGCUUUAUUUUUCUGUAGACAUCUGCAGAGCAAUUGAAUUGCUGGAAAAAUUACAAAGAAGCGGAGAAGUGCCACCGCAAAAGCUACAGGCUUUGCAAAGGGUCCUUCAAAGCGAAUUCUGUAAUGCUGUAAGGGAGGUGUAUGAACAUGUAUACGAAACUGUGGAUAUCAGCAGUAGCCCAGAAGUUAGAGCUAAUGCAACAGCAAAGGCCACAGUCGCUGCAUUUGCUGCUAGUGAAGGUCACUCCCAUCCCAGAGUGGUUGAACUACCCAAAACCGAAGAAGGUCUUGGAUUCAACAUUAUGGGAGGCAAAGAACAAAAUUCUCCAAUCUAUAUCUCUCGAAUUAUCCCUGGCGGUAUAGCUGAUAGACACGGAGGCCUGAAACGUGGAGACCAGCUGCUUUCUGUAAACGGAGUGAGUGUCGAAGGUGAACACCAUGAAAAAGCAGUGGAACUGCUGAAGGCAGCUCAAGGAAAGGUUAAAUUAGUUGUGCGAUACACGCCGAAGGUCCUGGAAGAAAUGGAAUCGAGAUUUGAAAAAAUGAGAUCGGCAAAACGCAGGCAGCAAAAUUAACGUUGUAUGCAAUAACUUAAAGAGAAAAUAUAUUCCAUUGACAUUUUAUAGUUUGCUUUGUGACUCAGUUGAUCCAAUGCCUGGGCUACAAAAGGCACUGUCCUUUUCAUAGAAUCAUGGAACGAUUGAGGUUGGAGGGACUCCUGGAGAUAACCUAGUCCAACCUCCCUGCUUAGAGGAGGGUUAGCUAGAGCAGAUUGCUCAGGGCUCUGACAAGCUGGGGUUUUGAGUAUCUCCAAAGAUGGAGACAUCAGAAGAUUUCUGGGCAACCUGUUGUAGUAUUCUAAUCUCCCUCACACUACCAAGGUCCAUUCUUCAGUUGAAAUGGAGUUUCCUAUAUUUCCAUUUGUGUCCAUUGCCUCUUGCCCAGCCAUUGGAUGCUACCGGUUGGGAAGAAUCUGGCUCUUUUUAUGCCCUAUCAGGCAUUUACAGACGUUAGUAAGAUCACCCCUGAGCCUUUUCUUCUCUGGGCUAGACAAUCCCAGUUCUCUCAGCCUCCCCUUGACUGUCAGAUGCUCCAGUCGCAUAAUCACCUUCGUGGCCCCUCUCUGGACUUGCUGUUGUAUGCCCAUGUCUGUAUUGAACUGGGGAGCCCAAAACCGGACCCAGCACUUGAGUUGUGUCUCACCAGGUCUGAGCAGAGGGGAAGAAUCACCUCCCUCAACUUGCUGGCAAUGCUCUUCCUAUUGCAGACCAGAGGCUGCUGGGCUUUGUUGCAGUGAGGGUACAUCGGCGGCUCGUGGUCACCUUGGUACUGUUCUAUGCAAGGCAGCUUUGCCCCUGGUGAGCCCCCCAGCCUGUACUGGUGCAUGGGGUUAUCCCUUCCCAGGUGUAGGACUCUGCACUUUCCUUCACUGAACUUUAGGAGAUUCCUGUUGGCCCAUUUCUCCAGCCUGCCGAGGUCCCUCUGAAUGGCUCGCUGGGAGCGUACUCUGUCCUGUCACCCAUGUUGUUAAUGAAAAUAAUAAAUAGAAUGGACCCCAGUACAGACCCUGGGGUGCAUCGGUAGUGACUGGCAUCCAACAGGACUUUGUGCCACUGAUGGCAACAACCCUUGGCAGUUCAGCCAUUGUUAGAAUGUUUUCAAUCUCCAUGUCUUUCACAGCUUAAGAGGAAUGUGUACUUUUAAAAUGGCCUAAGAUACCCUGAGAAAAGCAUGUAUGUUGAUAUUUCUAUUGAUUUUUUUUUAAUAGGUUUCUUUCAUGUGAGACCUUUAAGCAUGUGAAUUUACAGAUUUUUCAAAGGUAUUUAAUAAGACAUAUUUCUACAUAUUGGCAUCCUUUUCUUCCUGUUUUCUUUUGGCAUUACUUAACAUAGAAUCUGCAGGUUUUUUUCUGAAUGGUUUUGGAAAAAAGAUUCUUAUGUAGCAGUAUUUUGGCACUUUUCUUAAGAAUAUGUUGUAUAUCAACUACAAAACCUAAUCAUGAUCUACUGUGUAGCUGAUAACGAUACCAGAUUUUGUAAUGUUUUGGUGAGUACAUUAUUUUUACACUUCUGCUAAAUAGUACUUUGUUACUCUGGAAAUAGUAUUACCUCACCUGUAAAUAAUUUACAGUUGGUGUUCUCACAUAAUGAUUUUGUAAUAGCUGGCAUUUAUAAAUUUGCAACAAUCAUUCCCAUAACUUAGAUUAUUUUGUACUAAUUUUAAAGCAGUAAGGGGAAAAAUGUAAUCGUGUAUGCAGUUCUGGAUUGACUCUGCAGAUGGAUUUUUAUGCUCACGAUCAGAAGAUACACUAAUGCAGUGCAAAAGAGUUCCAGAUGUUUCCCUGACUUCCUGCUGUUUAAAAGAAAUAUUCAUCUUAGCUGUCAUACCCCUUGUGUUUUUUAGUAUGUUCUGUUGUAGUCUUAUCUACAGACUGACUGUAUUGGUCUUGGAAUAGUUAGUACCUAAAUUAUUGAUAAUUACAUUUAUAAGAGUAAAUGUUCUGAGGCUUACGUGCCAGGAUACCCUGACAUGUGAGCUUGUCUGGGGUUUUAUUACUGACUGCUUCUGGCUUGGAGGGUUCUUAUUUGUACUACAUCACCAUUGCUAUAAAUCCUUCUGUGCAGUGGUGCUGUGGUGGUAAUAAGGAAAUCUCCAGGUAUAAGUGAUUAAUAUCUUACCUCAAGCGUGGUUGAUGGUGGCACGUUUUUUGUGUGCUGUUUCAAAGAAACAUUUCUGGACAGAGGUCCACUUCUUGGAAUCUACCAGGUUUGAGGCUGUACUUGCGUUGUUUAGGUUUUGGGCUGGUUUUUGUUUUGGUUUGUUUUGGUUCUUUUUUUUUUUUUUUUUUUUUUUUCCCCUUAAAGCUUUGCCUUUUUGGUAUCUAUCCAGAAUUAACUUGAUUGUCUACUGGGUGUCUGUUCACUUGUAUGGCAGCUAUGAGUGCAUCCUAACUGACUGUUAGUAAUUUGAUUCUUAGAGGCUUAAACUGAAAAGUGCAGUUCUUACUAUGUGGCUAAUUCCUAGUCUUUUCACGUGGAGCAGUAUGAUCCAUUGUGAAAUAAUUCAGUAUGUGAAAAAAAGGAAAAGGUUAGCUGUCUAAAAAAUGACAGCAUGAAGUUGUGCUUUCUCAGUUGAUCUACUGGAAAAGAAAAAAAAAUGUGAUUGCUACAGGCAAGUGAGAAAUGUGAUUGCUCUCUGCAUGUUUGUAAGCAUGGUAAGCCUGCAAAGACAAAUCUGGUUUUUCAAGAUACUGAUAGAUUGAAAAUGCAAUAUAAAUAUUUAUCAGUUAGAUGACAUUGAGCACUGAAUCGCGUGGUCGAUAUCUGUCAUAGGCUUCUUGCAAAAGGCCUCAUGUUACUGAUACAACCAUGUUGCUGAAUUGUAUAUUUUUAUGGAACAGCUUAUGUUUAAAGUAUUGAGACCAAAAUCACUAGUUAGACCAAUUGUGGAUGUGUUUUAAUUUAAUUGUAAAAUAGUAGAGAUUUGUUUUAGAGCUAUAUAUAAAUAUAUAUAUAUUAAAGAAAGGUAUGGAUACAAGAUAGUGUGUUUUAAAACCUGUAUCCCUUGUGUUACUGAGCAAAGAGGUGUGUUUUGUUACUCUAUGGAAAUGUUCACUCUAGUCUGGCUAGAGCUGCUAAAUGCAGUAGCGUUUUCAUUCUGAAUUGUAGCAUUUGGAUGCAGUUUUGUCAACUGCUACAAAAUGUGGGGAGGUGUAUCUGGGCAUAUAAAUUGUACCUGCAGAAUUUAAUAAAAAGUUUUUAAAUUGCAAUAAUAACAAAAAAAAUCCAAUAAGCAGACAACUCAUUAACAGUCGUCUUUAAUACUAUGAAACCCCUAUAACAUUAAGGAAAGGGUGGAUUAAAAUAUGCCAAGAAACUUGAUCUCUGUUACUACUGAGCAGUGCCUGUACUGUGUUAAUAUGCAGUCCCUACACACGUGGCUUGCAAACGGAUUAAGAAGAUGUAUCAGUUCUGCGGAUAACUUCUGCUUCUAUUGCUGCUGUGAGGGAUCUUUGGGUUUUAUCAA